UGGGAAUUUCGCUCCAUGCCUCCAUGUGACCGAGUCACACGCUCGCGGUGUCGCGGACUGGUUUGGGAUCCCACCCAACUCCGACCAUCCGAGUCUCCUCUCAACUUUUCCCAGUGUUCGCGAACCUGCCGGCCAUGCCGGCCAUCACACCUUCCAGCCUCUCCUCCCCGUGAUGCGUUCGAAAUCCAGACCAUCUGCUCUUUCUUCCAUUCACUUGUGAUUAGUGCGUUUAGUUUUUAUUUUUUUAGUGAUUUUUCAGUACCAGUGCUAUGAUGAAGAGUAGCUUCAUGCAGCUGCUGCUGGCGAUCGUCUGCCUAGAGAAUUUCCAGUUAAUUUCUACAACCUCCAUUACACAUUUAGUGACACAGCAAGACAGAUUUAAGAGAGCGACAUGCAACUCGUCCGAAUUCAAGUGUAAGAACAAUCAAUGCAUCAGUAAACAUCUGCAGUGUGAUGGGCGAGCUGACUGCAAUGAUAAGUCUGAUGAAACCGCAGCCCUAUGCUCAAACUUAGUUGGUUUCAGAUGCCCAGGAUAUGCAUUUCAAUGUGCCUAUGGUGCAUGUGUGGAUGGUCACGCCAAAUGCAACAAAGUCCAAGAUUGUGUCGAUAAUUCGGAUGAAACUUUAGAUGAAUGUAACAAUGCAGAUGUAACUACGAAGUCACCCACGACUUCUGCAAGACCUCCCAGUUCCUACUGCUUGAGCAACCAAUUCAAGUGCAACUCAGGUCAAUGUAUAGCCAAAUAUCUUCUGUGUGAUGGGAAACUUGACUGCAAUGAUGGCAGCGAUGAAACGUCUGCUAUUUGUAAAGAUAUUCCGUGCGGAAAUGUCUUCUACCGUUGUAGUUAUGGUGCUUGCGUGAGAAGUGAUGCUAAAUGCGAUGGCAUUAAGGAUUGCAAAGAUGGCUCAGAUGAAACACCAGGGUUAUGUGGUAAUCGUCAACCGCCAAUUUCGCCCGUGAAAGAUGGGUGUAAGGUUCCACCUCCCUUGCCUGGUGGUCAGUUCAUUUCAGGUGACUGUGCAUUGUCAGACACAAGUCCAAGCUGUAUUGCACAAACAGAUGCUAUGCUGCCUGUUGGGGCAGAGCUGAGUUUACGCUGCAUCGAAGGAUACUCUCUCAACGGUAUUACAAAUGUUAUAUCUUGCGGAGCUAGUCGUCGUUGGAACCCAGCUGUCUUACCAUCUUGUAAAAGAACAUGCAAGCCUCUGGUUUCGCCAAACCUACUUAUUGAGUGUACUCUAACUGAAGUCAUCAAUGGGCGCCGUUCAACGAAAAACGUACCAUGUGAUGAGCCGAUGUUUGAGGGUACAAAAGCUGUCGUCAAGUGUCCCUCAUAUUUCAAACAAAGAGAAGACAGCGUUUUGAUCUGCCUAAAAUCAGGCCAAUGGGAUGGAGAGCUGAUUGAAUGCACACCACUGUGUGGGUAUAGAGACCAGAGUUUGACUCCAACAAUCAUCAACGGAAAGAAUGCAUCUCAAGUAGACUAUCCAUGGCAUGUUGGAAUUUAUUGGAUCGAGCCUCAGCCAGACGGAAGCCUAAAAUACGAGUACAAAUGUGGAGGAUCUCUUAUAUCCCCGUCUUCUGUGUUAACUGCUGCCCACUGUGGAUUUAAUGACCAACUUAGUGAGUGGACCCCUGCCGCGGAUAUGGUAAUAGCUCUAGGAAAACAAAAAUUAACCUGGGAAAAGAACGACGAAGACAGGACUCAGAGAUUUUCCGUUUUAGAAUUUCUGAAACCAAGCGAGUACGCCGGACGAGACGGUUUGUAUAGUUGGGAUGUUGCAAUCAUCGUUUUAAGCAAUCCAGUGAAAUUGACAUUGUACGUUUUUCCCGUUUGCCUCAAUUUUUUGCCCAACCGUUUUGGUAACAGCGCAGUAGGAAAGGUACCAGGAUGGGGUAGCACAGGAACAGCGGAUACAAGUGAAAAUUUACUUUAUGCAGAAAUCCCUCACAUGAAUACUAAUCAGUGCAGAUCUAUGUUGAGUAAUGAGGAAAAACGUUUCCUAACGUUCGAUAAAUUUUGCGGUGGCUAUUCUAGACCAGGUCCUCAAACUCGCAAAGGUGACAGUGGAGGUGGUCUUAUCUACAAAGAUGGUAGAACAAAUUUUGUCGUUGGAAUUGUGAGCACAACAGUCAGCAAGCCUAAUUUCUGGGUUUCUUUUUACACAAAUGUCAGUUACCAUAGUGACUGGAUUCAAGCCAACAUGAAGUAGUGAGUCAAUGACAUUGACAUUGCUUAAUGGGCGUAUUUUCAUGUUAGGAACAAUCUAUUUAAAUCGUUUCACCUAUGUAACUCUUGACUCAUUUGAAAACCAUUGGCAGAAAGUCUGGAAUGAUAAUUCUGGCUUAUUUUUGUUUUCCUGCCACAGUCUUUGUUAAGUAUGUACUCAUGCACUUAUUGUAACAGAGCAUGAAGCCACAUGGUCCAAAAAGUUGUAUGACCACAUCUGGUAUGAAAUGUAAAGGAGUUACUUCUUUGUGUUCUAAUGAAUUACUGUAUUAGCCAAAUAUUAUUUUCAAGAGGCACAGGUAACUGGUAGAUCUCGAUUGAAGGCGUUUUGACUGUUACCCCUGUGAUUAUGUGACUUUCUGCGAUUUUUGAGACCAAUAGUCGUACAUAUUUGUCUAUUUAUUUAUUUUUUGGUCUUCAUAAAUUUUGACAUCCUUAAAGGUAAAGUCAUGAAAGACUCAAGGUAGAGACCGCUGUGCUGCAGGCUGCAGUAUACUGCAGUUGUGAGGUCUAGGAAAUUAAAGCUUCAUGAUUUUGACUUUAGACCUAACUCUGGAUAGAACGCCUCUAGUACCUGUUGAAGCACUUCUUUCAGACAAGGAUCACUGUCAGUAAUUUGUUGACAGUUACUGUUUUUGACAAAUAAAGAAAAAAGCUUUUUACGAUCAAAUUGUCUUCUCUAGUCAAUACUUAAGAAUAUUUUUAUGCAGUGAGGUUAAAGUAAAUAAUUGUUUAGAUCUUACCAUCUAUUAAGCCUUUUCAUGAGGCAGCUACUUUAGGCAAUUUAGUUUUAAAUUUUGUUACACAAGAAAGAAAAUCAUGUUUCUCACGAGAUGAUGGGCCUAGCACCUUGACUGUCCUGUGUUCAUUAAAAACUAAGUUAAACCCUGUUAGAAGAGUAGAAGGUGAGUCUAAGUCAGUACUUUUAUGUGUAGAGUUGGUACUGAUUCCAGGGUAACACUUUUUUCAUCAUGUGUUCGCAAUUAUUCUUAACAAGCCCGCCCUUUCAUCUAAAUUUAAUCACCACAUGAUUAAGUAAGAUUCUGACCUAGAGCAACAUUAGAGAGGGACCCAAUACAUUGGUCAACAUUAAAGAAUGGGACAGACGCCAGAGUGUUCUCUUGGCUCUGUCAUUUUUCACUUUCUCAUAAUUUAAGGUCACAAAAAGAAAAAUAUUGAACUACUUUAUGCAGGUAAGAUGCAGCCUCAGACCCACUAACAUAUCGAUCUGAGACUCAACAAUAUGUAGAAACUAUCCAGUGUUCAUGAAACUGACUUGGUCACAGAGACUAUUUCUGGAACACUCAUUUACUCGCAAUUGACGAUCAAUAGAUUUGUUAAAUCCAUCAAAAUACUUAAACCCCAUUUAAAUUUAUUCUUUUUUUUUUUUCUUUUUUUUUAGACCUGAAGGAAGUUAAAUAAAGGGGAUAGGAGGAGAUUCAAUUAGUGAAUUUUUAAUUUAUAAAAACCAACAAGUGUUAUUUAUUGAUCCAGAUUGAUUAACAAAAUUACAGUUUUUUUGAAGUUUGUAACUUCAGAUUCUUCUUUAGCUCAUGAUAACAACAAUCAGGGCUCAUCAAAGGUACAAAAAAUAAAGUUAAUGGUACAGGUACCAAAAUUGAAAAAUUGAAAUUCAUAACAUCCCUCAUCCAAGGAGACCUUAAAUGCUUCCUCCUUGCGGCCUUUUUUGAAAAAAAUUAUUCUUUCUGAUUUUAUAUGUGUUCAUAAGGAGAAACCUGUCAUUGUUUGGCCCAGUGAUUGCUGUUGAAUCAAGGAGAUGGUCGCUUAACCUUGGGACAUGGUAGCGGCCAUCACAUGAAAAGGCUUAAAACGUUUUGAAAUUCAACUCCUCAAUUACAAUUGGUUUUUGAAACAGGAAAAAAGAGGUAAAAUUCAGGCAAAUUAGUGCAUUGAAAGGUACUUAAAGAAUAACGUGCAUGUUCUUGGAACUACUAAAAAUAAAAUUAAGAAAUAAAAAGUAAU